UGCUGGGUCAGUCCGCGCUAAUACGUGACUCUGUCGUCGCGAUUUAACCAACGGGCACUCACAAAACUCGUGAUUAGUGUGCCUUUUUUGGUUUUAAUCAGACAAACUUGUUCGAUAUUUAUAAAUUAUUAUUUAUUCCGCGCGGUUUAAAGUUUCAUUUAGAGUUUUAACAGCAGUGAUUUGUGACCAGUGAGUGUUGUGAGACAAAUAUUAAAUAAUAUUGAAUGUAUAUAAAGUGUUUGAUAAAUAUAAUCUUGGUUUCGCGAAAUGACACACGGAAGUACCGCGAGUUUCCGUUGAGAAGUCGGCUGAGAUCACUUUAAGAUGUACCGUUUGCUCUGGUGUAUCCUCGAUCUUAUGUGACGAGUGUCAUCUUGGUAUUGGGGUCUGUUCUCUUAUACAAAAUCGCUUAACGAGAAAACGCAUCUCCUGAUAUAUAAUAUAUGAUACUUUUAUUUGGUAUUUGUUUGUUUAUAAUACCGACUGGUGUGUUGUUAAUAAGUGUGAUUUCAGUGAAACGUGGCUCGAGAUUCGAAUCUCAGUCAUGAUCAAAAGCCGAGUUUAUUUCCAAUAACAAAAAUACCACCGAGAUCGAAGGAUGCUCGAAAUCGUAAAUAAGUAACUAUUAAAGUGCUUCAGGAUGAAAGUUCGUUUGACGAUGACGAAGAAGUGCGAUAGGUAGUAAAAAGUGUUUAGGUUAGAGGACGUUGUUAAGAAGAGAUGUGUAGACUGACAAUCGUCGUCCUGGUCUUGGGACUAGUUUUCGCGGUCCGUGAUAAUGGAGUCCAGGGAGCGACGAGCAAGGUGCCGAGAUUCGUGCCGAAACGGUCCCCGAUGCUGCCCCAGGAUACCAACCCUGGAUUGGCGAUGCAGAGCCGGGCUGUCGACACGAGGGUCCAGCUCAGCAUCAACGAAGGUGAACCGGAGGGCACUUUGGUGGGAACGAUACCUGUCCAGCAAAACUUCACCUACAGGUUCAACGAACCCCCGCAGGAGUUCACUCUAGACCCCGAAUCGGGGCAAAUCAGGACCAGCAAAGUUCUAGACCGCGAGUCCUUGCCCACCGACAAAUUCGACUUGGUCGUCCUGUCGAGCCAGCCAACUCAUCCCAUUGAGGUGAGGAUCCACGUGCUGGAUGUUAAUGACAACAAUCCGGAGUUUCCAGAGUCGAGUAUCGCAGUGUCCUUUUCGGAAUCGGCAUCGGCGGGGACCAAAUUGCUUUUGGACGCAGCUACAGACAAGGACACUGCUGAGAAUGGUGUUGCUGAUGAUUACUUCAUCGUUGACGGAAAUACUGAUGGUAAAUUCCGUCUUGAUGUAACGGGGAAUCCCUCGGGAGAGAGCUCGUAUCUUCAUUUAGAGACCACGGGGAAACUUGAUAGAGAACAGGUAGAAUUUUAUUCACUUAAUGUGUGUGCUCGCGACCGAGGUAAACCACCGCGACUUGGUUAUCUUGUUGUCAACGUCACGGUUCUCGAUGUCAAUGACAACCCACCGAUUUUCCAACAGAGUGACUACGUUGUAGCUUUAAAUGAGAGUGUACCCGUGGGAACAACAGUGCUUACGGUAAAAGCCACGGACAAGGAUACCGAUGAUAAUUCUAAAUUGACGUACUAUCUUCCGGAUAGUGAAGGACAAUUUACAAUUGACCCAGAAACUGGUACUAUCAAAACAGCUGAGCCGCUGGAGUGUCCUCAUCAGCAGAGCUGUUCAAACUCAAAGCCCGGAGGAUCCUGUCCCAAGUCCUGUGUCAUCACGGUUUUUGCACGCGAUCACGGAUCUCCAAGGCAAGAUGGUCGUACUUAUGUCACGGUCAAUUUGCUGGAUGCAAAUGACCACGACCCGGAAAUAAAAUUCAGUUAUUUCCCAGCCACGGUCGGGUUUGCUACUGUUGACGAAAAUGCCGCUAAAGAUUCUUUGGUAGCAGCUGUCGGGGUUGUUGAUAAUGACGAAGGUCUAAACGGUGAUACUACCGUAGAAAUAAAAGCUGGAAAUGAAUUGGGACACUUUAGAUUGGACAGUAGUCAUAGCUUUGAUAUUGUCCGGGUCAAUGGACGACUCGAUAGAGAAGAAAUUCCUAAAUACAAUUUGACAAUCGUCGCUACAGAUAAAGGAACACCACCCAGAUCUGCUACUGCGUAUUUAGUGAUUCAUGUCAAUGAUGUAAAUGACCACGAUCCUGUUUUUCAGCAAAGUGAAUACUCGGCUGUUUUAUCAGAGCUUUCGCCGGUGGGAAGUUUUGUUGCUAGUAUUUCUGCGACUGAUGCUGACUCUGGGCUUAAUGCUAGAAUUUACUACGACUUUGACUCGGGGAAUGAACAAUCGUGGUUUGCGAUCGACCAAGACACUGGAUUAGUUACUACCGUUGCUAGAUUGGAUCGUGAAAUCCAAGGCAGUGUUGAAUUACGAGUGACUGCACGUGACGGAGGUCCUAAUCCGAGAUACGCUUCUACCCAUUUGCGAGUAACUGUUCUCGAUGAGAACGACGAAGCUCCCAGAUUCACUCAAACAGUUGUUGAUGUUACUCUUUCGGAAAAUACUCCUCCUCACAGUCUAGUAGCGACAUUGGCUGCCAUUGACAACGACCAGGGAACCAAUGGAUCGAUUGCUUAUAGCUUGCACCCAAGUGUCUUGAGGGACUAUCCAAAAACAUUCGCCCUAGAUACGCUGACAGGUCAGUUGACAACAAAAAUUUCUCUUGACAGAGAAACAAUUGCCGAGUAUCGAGUUUUGGUGGUCGCUAAAGAUCAAGGUACACCACCCCAAUCGUCAACGGCCACCGUUUUGUUAUCUCUAGAUGAUGUCAAUGACAAUGCUCCAGUUUUUUAUCCCCGAAGGUACUUGAUGCCUAUUCCUGAAGACACUUCUCCAGGAACUUCAAUUGGAAAAGUAAAAGCCAUUGACAUAGACGCUCGGGAAAACGCUAGAGUUAAAUAUUCCCUAGAGUCUGGCGGUGAAGGUCUCUUCAAAGUCGACGAAAGAACCGGGGAAAUAAUUCUCCAAGGAUCGCUUCGGGUUGCUCAGAAGCAUUUGUAUGAGCUAACCAUUUCUGCACGUGACACCGGUGACCGAGAAGCAACUGAGAAUGCAAUCGUCGAAGUUUUAAGACAAGAAGAUUUGGAGCAUCUGGAUUUCGAUACUUAUAAUGGGUAUGAAUUUAAAAUCCCUGAAGAUCAUGGUGACUGUGUAGCUGAUGCUCCAGGCACCUUCAUCAGAGAGGUAGGUUCUGUUAUAGUAACCCAAUUCACAAGUUCCAAAGUCACUUAUUCGAUUGUAUUCGGCGAUCCAGACAGCAAUUUCAAGAUAGAUCAGCACUCGGGGGUAAUUACCACCGCGAAAUGUCUAGACCGCGAAGAGGAGGCAUACUACAGUCUCAAAAUAGCUGCUCGCGCUGGUCGUGCUCGGGGAAUAACUUCUGUAAAUAUAACUGUGCUGGAUGUCAACGACAAUCCGCCAAAAUUUCCCAAGGGUGAUAAAUCUGACGAAGUUUACCUCAAAGAAAACGCAGCCGUGGGUCAAGAAGUUUACUUGGCUCGGGCUCGGGAUCGUGAUGUAGGAGCUAAUGCCAGGAUCACCUACACUCUGACACACAAUCCCGGAGGCCAGUUCCGUGUUGCCGAAAACUCGGGGAUAAUUUACCUGGACAAGCCAAUUAGAUCUCCACCGGGAACGGUACUGAACGUCGAAGUAACGGCAGUUGACACUGGGGUCCAGCCUCUGGCCGCACAGCAUCAAAUUCGCGUGACAAUAGAGGACGUUAAUGAUCAUACCCCGGUAUUUAAAUUAACGAGUUAUGAAACGUCUUUAGCGGAGUCAACGCCCGUUAAUGAACGUUUCUUCGCAUUAGACGCUUACGAUGCAGAUCUCGGGAUAAACGGUCGUAUUUUAUACAGCAUAACCGACGGUAAUGACCAAGAUCGAUUUGGUAUUUUUCCAGAUGGGCAAUUGUACGUAAAACACGUCCUAGAUCGUGAGGAGCAGGAUUAUUAUGCAUUAGAAGUAACAGCCUGUGAUCAAGGCAAGCCAAUCCGGAGCUCUGUUGUGCCAGUUAUUGUUCACAUUAUCGACGAAAACGAUAACGCCCCUCAGUUCACCAAUUCGUCAUUCACAUUCCACAUCCGUGAAAACGAGCCACCUGAGACGUUUGUCGGGAAAUUAUUGGCGACUGAUCGUGACGUCGGAAGGAAUGCCGACCUAACAUUUUCUCUCCCGGUGAGCCAGCAAGAUUUUUUUGUCGAUCCACGAAACGGAUUUAUAAAAUCGUUACACGUCUAUGACCGUGAGGAAUUAGUCGCUAACACCGGAACCAAUUAUGUCAGUUUAGAAGCUACUGUUACAGACAAUGGUAACAAUCGUUUGAAAGACAAGGUUAAGGUUUCUAUUUACGUAACAGAUGUUAAUGAUAAUAAGCCUCAGUUCCAGCGACUUCCAUACAGGGUCCAGGUUAGCGAGGGUGCUGCUGUUGGUACACAAUUGCUCCGUGUUUACACCACCGACGCCGACGAAGGGCUCAACGGAGACGUAUUCUACUCGUUUGCUGACGGUAAUCACCAAGGUAACUUCAUGAUAGACGAAGCUACUGGCCAAAUUUCGCUGGCCCGCGAAUUGGACCGCGAAACACUGGACAAUUACGUUUUGACGGUGAUUGCCAAUGACGCAGGUCUGGAAGUUAGGUUGUCCUCGACCGCGAAAGUGACCAUCGAGAUUCUGGACGAGAAUGACAACUCGCCCAAGUUCAUCGACAACGAGUCUCAGAUAUCAGUGAUCGAGACUACACCCAUAAACGCUGAGCUCCUCAAGUUCAAAGCCACCGACGACGACCUCGACGCAAAUAGCGAGUUGACCUUCGCGAUUUCCGCGGGGAAUCGCCGAGACACUUUCUAUAUCGAUCCACUGACGGGGACCCUGUACCUGAAGAAGCCAUUGGACUACGAAGAACACGAGAGCUACACACUGAACAUAACUUGCAGUGAUGGCGGUCAUCCGCGAAUGAGCAGCGUGACAACAUUGCGUGUGGAUGUUAUUGAUGCGAACGACAAUCCUCCGGCGUUUCCGAACACCGCGAUAGUGCGUCAGAUACGGGAAGGAAUCACCGUAAGGACUCCGGUCCACUCAGUCACCGCAGAAGAUCGCGAUUCGGGGGACAAUGGCGUAGUGACUUACGCAAUCUUGAGCCAAGACCCCGAAGACCAGCGACGGCAUUUCGGAAUAAAUCCUCAGACCGGAGUGAUACAUACAUUACUGCCGAUCGAUCGCGAGGAAGUCGAUACUUUCAAGCUUGUCGUGGUCGCGACAGAUCAGGCCUACCCUCCAUCAGCUCGUUUGUCCGCCGAGAAACUGGUGAUUGUAAUCGUCGAGGAUCUCAAUGACAAUGCUCCUAUCUUCGUGAGCAUGUCAGCGGUGGUACUCCCACCCAAGUCGGUGCUCAACGCCAAUUUGGGCAAAGAGAUCCCUGUGGCCCGACUCUUGGCCAGAGAUCUCGACUCCAGCACCAAUGGACUGGUCACCUACGAGCUGAUGCGAUCCGGACCGAACUACUCCGACAUGUUUCGCCUCCAUCGCAAUUCCGGCCUCCUGACAAUGCGGCUUCCCGGGUCUCUCAAGUCUUUGGAGAGGUCCUACAGGUACCAGAUUGGCGUUCGCGCUACUGAUGAAGCUGUCCAGGCGGAGAGGAGGUCCUCGGAGACCUAUGUGACGCUGAUUGUCCCUGGGGAAGACCAGGACCGACCCAUUUGGGAGCACAAUGGCCUAAUUGAAGGCUCUGUUUACGAAAAUGAACCCGCGGGUGCCAGUAUCGUGAAAGUAAGUGCUCGUGCUCCUCGUACUACCAGAUCUGGUGUUGAUAUAGAGUACUACGUGACGAACGUGACCGCCGGUCGUGGUGGUGCUCAGGUGGACAGAUUGUUCGAUAUUGACAUCAAGAGUGGCUUGCUCCAGACUUCCACCCCGCUUGACAGGGAAACUGGGGUCGAUUGGUACGAGGUUGAAAUCUAUGCGGUUCUCAUCGGGGCUGAGCAUUCCAGUACUUCUUCUAUCAAGGUUCGCGUAACGGUCCUCGAUAAAAAUGACGUCGCACCUUCAUGGGGUCCCGGACCUUGGAGAUUCGAGGUGUCCGAGGAAGCGCCACCAAACACCAUCGUAACAGUUCUGAAGGCCCAAGAUCCAGAUACCAUCGGGAACCUCCGCUACAGUUUAAUAACCUCCCCAAAGAUCAGCCCCAACGAUUACAAUUACGAGGAUCCGUAUUCACCGGCGAGCGACCGCGGAAUCGAGGGCCAGUUUCGGCUGGACCCCAUCAACGGACAGCUUCGACUCGUGGAGGCCCUCGAUAGAGAGACUAGGGAAAAGUACGUCCUCAAAGUGAGAGCUGAUGAUGGAUUGCAGCACACGGAUAUCAAUCUCGUCAUCCAGGUGACAGACACCAACGACAAUGCCCCGGUCUUCCAGUCGAUGGCGUACUCCUUUGACGUGGCAGAGAACGUACCUCGAGGGAGCAGAAUUGGGCAAGUAAUAGCGACAGAUGCUGACGCCGAUGGGCCCAACAGCCAGCUGAGUUAUGCCCUGAUAUCCGAUUGGGCAAACGACGUAUUUUCCCUCAAUCCAAGCACCGGCGUCUUCACCCUGACGGCGAGUCUCGACUACGAACAGGUCCAACACUACAUCCUCGUUGUCCAAGCAACAGACGGCGGUUUGCCAGCACUAUCAACCACUGUCACUGUUUACUGCAAUGUCGUUGAUCUCAAUGACAAUGCCCCGAUAUUUGAGCCGGGACCACACGGGGCAGAUGUAUUGGAAAAUACGACAACCGGUACCGCUGUUUUGUCAGUUGUCGCUCAGGAUUUGGACUCGGGUGACAAUGGACGUGUUGUCUAUGACAUUAUCAAUGGCGACGACAAUGGGGAUUUCGGAAUCGCGUCAAAUGGGACCGUAUUUACCCGGAAACUGCUGGACCGUGAGACAAAAUCGAUCUACAAUCUGAUCAUCAGAGCCCAAGACAGCCCGACACUUGCUGUCAAACCGCUUUCAUCGACGGUCCAGGUAACCAUUGUCCUCCUGGACGUGAAUGACGUAGCGCCGGAAUUCAUAUCCUCCAACCAGACCUCGAUAAUGGAAAACUCCCCGCCCAACACCGUGGUAAUGGCCAUCAAAGCCGUAGACAAAGACGAAGGUCGCAACGGCUACGUUGAGUAUUCCUUGAAGGAGUCCUCGCUCUCGUUCAAUCUCGGGGCCGUCGACGGGCUGCUGCGCAUCGCAGAGCCUCUGGACCGCGAGCGCAGGCAAAAUUACACCCUGAGAAUCUCGGCAAAGGACCGCGGAGAACCCCCUAAAUCCUCGGAGGCGACAAUCACAGUGUUGGUGCUGGACGAGAAUGACAAUGCGCCGAUUUUUGACCCCAAGCAGUACUCGGCAACAGUCGCUGAGAACGCGAGCAUUGGCGCUAGUGUUCUUCAAGUCUCAGCGACAGAUCGUGAUGAAGGUGCUAAUGGUAGAAUGCGUUACAGCAUCGCUCUGGGCGAUGAGAAUCGUGAUUUUACGAUCUCCGAGGACGCCGGAGUUAUCCGGGUAGCCAAGAAUCUAAACUUUGAGCGUAAAUCACGGUACAGAUUGACAGUUAAGGCCGAAGAUUGCGCGCCGGAAAUUGGCGAACCGUCACGUGAUGACACUGCUGAAGUAACCAUCACUGUUCUUGACAUCAAUGACAAUGCGCCUGUUUUUCUCGACUCUCCUUACCUCGCCUACGUCAUGGAGAACAUGGUUCCGCCUGGUGGUGGUUUCGUUAUCCAGGUAAAGGCUUACGACGCAGACACGCCGCCGUACAAUGAUCAAGUACGGUAUUUUCUCAAAGAGGGGGACACCGAUCUCUUCCGUAUAAACGCUAGCACCGGUGAUAUCUUUCUUCUUAGGCCUCUGGACAGAGAAAUGAUACCGGAUUAUACGCUGACACUGGUCGCAAUGGAUACAGGCUCGCCGCCAUUGACUGGCUCAGGUGUGCUAAAAGUAAUAGUCCUUGAUGUUAAUGAUCAUAGUCCUGAGUUUUCAAGACCAGAUUACAAAGCUACCGUUACGGAAAAUAAUCCCGGUGGUACUUGGAUCGCUAAGCCCACGGCUACGGAUAAAGAUGAAGGAUUAAAUGCCAAGAUUAGGUACAGUCUUCUUGGUGAGAAAACAGAGAGGUUCUCCGUUAAUCCAGACACCGGUGAAAUAGUUACUCUGGUGUCCUUGGAUCGCGAGCAGACCGCGGUCUACCACCUGACUCUGAUAGCCCAGGACUCGAGUCCAACUGAGCCGAGAGCCGCUGCUGUUAAUUUGACCAUUUACGUAGCUGAUGUAAACGACAACGCACCUCGCUUUUCCAGUCCCAGGUACACAGCCUACGUUACGGACUCAACCAAGCCCGGGGACUUUGUCUUUGGUGCCAAAGCCGUCGAUGACGACGACGGAGAAAACUCUAGGAUAGUUUACCACCUCCAGGGCGACGACGCGCAUCGUUUUGUAAUCGACAACUCAAAUGGCGUGAUUCGCGCCGCCGAGGAUCUAUCAAACUCCAAGGCAAUUUACCAGCUGCAAAUCCGCGCUUCAGACUGCGGCCAAGAGUCACAAAGCGUCACUGCAGACCUGGUGAUCCACCUUUGGGACCGACAGCUCUUUCCCAGUUUCAAAUCGUCGAUCAGCACGAGAUUCACUCUGACAGAAGACAUGCCCGAGGGACGGGUCAUCACUACUCUGAGCGCUACGACGCCGAAAGUUGGAGCUGCGAGUAAUCUGGUCUUUGCGAUGGCUGGUGGAAAUGUCGGCGACGCCUUGAGGAUUGACUCCUCUACUGGAGAUGUACUGGUCGCUGCAAGAUUCGACUACGAAACAGCGCCAACUUACGAAGCUUGGGUUGAAGUCAGAGAUUCAGACAAUCCUCCUUUGAGAUCAGUCGUCCAACUGCUGAUCAAUGUUACCGAUGCUAAUGACAAUCCUCCAAUCAUGGAGGCUGUUAUUUAUAAUGCGACUGUUUUAGAAGAAGAAUAUCCGCCGCUGUACAUCACUAAAAUCGCUGCCAAAGACCUUGAUUCUGGUGAAAAUGGACUGGUCACUUAUUACCUGGUCAAUGACUACGACGAGUCCUUUAUGAUCGACGAAAACACCGGUGAGAUUAGCACAAAUGCAAAGCUAGACCGGGAAGAAAUGAAUUCCUACGAGCUGAUAAUCGAAGCUAGGGACCAAGGGGAGCCAAGGUUGUCGGGUACAGCGACUGUCAUCGUCAGUGUCUUGGACAAAAAUGACAACCCGCCUCGUUUCACCCGUCUCUUCAGCGUAAACGUUACCGAAAAUGCAGAAGUAGGAGCCUUUGUCAUCAGAAUAACCAGCAGCGACCAAGACAUUGGAAAGAAUGCCAACGUUACUUACACUUUCACCGAAAAUCCUGGUGGUAAGUUUGCUAUCGACCCAAUCACCGGAAUUGUCGAAGUGGUAGGGACUCUGGAUCGCGAGGAACAGGACGAGUAUCUAUUGAAGGUCGGCGCUGCAGACGGCGCGUGGGUCGCAGAGACAACUCUGACCAUAACUAUCCAGGAUCAGAAUGACAACGCUCCUGAAUUCACCGAGGAAAGCUACCACUUUCACUUCCCGGAGCUCCAGAGACGGCUAGCGCACGUAGGCCAGGUCGCUGCAGCAGAUCGCGACAAACAAGGUCCGAAUUCAGUUAUUUCUUACAGCUUACUGCACCCCUCAGACCUGUUUAGCGUCGAUCCGGCCACUGGGGAUAUAUUCAGCAAAAGAACGUUGCGUUACAAGCACACUCACCGUCCGUCUUCUCCAGAAAAUCUCUAUUCUUUAACAGUGAUCGCUACUGACAAUGGAAAGCCUCCACUGUCUUCCAAAACCAUCGUUCAUGUCAGCAUAGUUGAUGCAAACAACAAUGCACCGAAGUUCGAGCAGCGCACUUAUUUAUCGCCAGUCCCAGAAGCCUACGGAGUAGGCAAGCGCGUUGUUAAGCUAACAGCUCACGAUGACGCGGACUUUGGCGUCAAUGCUGAGAUAGAAUACACUGUCGCUGGUGGAAAUUCCUCGGACUUCUUCGGAAUCGAGGCCAAAACCGGCUGGAUCUAUGUCACCAAGAGCAUCAAAGACAUCCCAGUUAGCACGACCUUCUUGUUAGCCGUGAGAGCCACGGACAAAGGAGUUCCACCUCAGAAAGACCAAGUUUCAUUGAUGCUGGUGGUAACAGGUGAGAAUCGGCGAGCUCCGACCUUCGCUGCGGUUUCUUAUCAAGUCCGGGUGCCAGAAAACGAGCCGGUGAACACGACAAUCUUGACAGUCAGCGCGGUGGACGGUGAUGACGGACCGAAUGGUAUGAUUCGCUACAAAAUAUCCGAUAGUGAGUGUCGGGUCUUUUCAAUCCACCCCACCACCGGAGCAAUCACCAUCCUGGAGACUCUUGACUACGACACUAUCCAGGAGUACAGGCUGAAUAUCACUGCGACGGACCUGGGCUUUGAACCCAAGCAAGCUGUCGCUACUCUGACGAUAAACGUCUCGGACAUAAACGACAACCCGCCUACCUUCAACCAGACUGUCUACGAAGCUUUUCUCCCGGAGAAUUCUCGACCCAGCAGCUUUGUCUAUAAGGUAGUCGCUAGAGACAUUGACUCUCCAAAAUACGCAGUGAUCCAGUACCGAAUCAUCGGCGGAAGCGGCAAAGAGCACUUCCAGAUCCAGCAGGACACCGGGGUAAUCACCUCUCGCAUUACUUUCGACUACGAAGAGGCGAAUAAGUACACACUGGACAUCGUAGCAGCAAAUCCUGACUCGAAUCCGCAGAUGGUUGGGUUCACCACCGUGGUGGUGCAUAUCACCGGGGUGAAUGAAUUUUAUCCAAAGUUUAUUCAACCAGUUUUCUUGCUGGACGUAUCAGAGAGCGCAGAAGUCGGAACGUCUGUCGGACUGGUCCAGGCGACUGACCAGGACGCUGGCGAUGAUGGACGUGUUUAUUAUCUGUUCGUCGGAUCGUCCAAUGACCGCGGGUUCUCAAUCGGCUCUGAGACGGGUAUCAUCAGCGUAUCGCGUCAUUUAGAUCGGGAGACGCAGAACCGGGCUGUGCUUACGGUGAUGGCGAAAAAUGCUGGAGGGAUACGCGGCAAUGACACCGAUGAAGCUCAGGUUAUAAUAUCCAUCCAGGACGGAAAUGACCCGCCUGAGUUCUUGCAAACUACCUACGAGUCAACCGUUUCCGAGGGGGCCGUCCAGGGGACCAGGAUUCUUACAGUCAGGGCGAUUGACAAGGACGUCAGGCCCCAGAACAACCAGUUCUCAUACUCGAUUAUCGGAGGUAAUGUUGGACAGGCUUUCAAAGUUGAUCCCCAGUCUGGAGAUGUUGAGACUGCCAAAUUGCUGGACCGCGAGUCUAUUGCGAGUUAUCAGCUGAUUAUUGGGGCUAUUGAUGCUGGAUCACCACCUCAGACCGGCACAGCGACGGUGCGCAUUGAUCUGCUGGAUAUCAAUGACAAUGGCCCGGUAUUUGAUCCUCCGGAAAUAGUCGGGUAUGUUAAUGAAAACGAACCCGCCGGGACUAGUAUCAUGACUUUGACGGCUAUGGACCCAGACUUGCCUCCCAAUGGCGCUCCGUUUACUUAUCGGCUCAUUGGGGGUAGACAGGCUGAUGUUGUUACUCUGGAUAAACAUUCUGGGGUUUUAAGGACUACCAGGAGUCUUGAUCGUGAAGUUAUGCCUCAGCUUGAUUUGUUGAUUGAAGUAGAAGAUUCAGGAUUACCAAAAAUGAAAAGCGAGCACACAGUGACUGUAAUAGUGUUAGACGAAAAUGACAGUCCAUCAACACCACGAUCAGUUCAUAUAAUCGUGCAUUCAUUCAAUGGCAAAACACCGAUGGGAAAAAUAGCGGAUGUCCAUCCAAAUGAUCCUGAUACCACCGGCGACUACACAUGCAAAAUACUUCAGGGCUCGAAUCCUGCUGGUGUACUCACCGUCCCGAUCGCUUGCGAUUUACAUACCAGCAAAAUUACCCCCGGUCUCGGAUAUUCGCUGAGCAUCUCCGGCAGAGACGGACGACAUCCAGAUGUCGUCUCCAAGGUCACUGUGGAAUUCCUUGUCUUUUCAAACGCGACCGUUGAAAACAGCGUUACCUUACAAAUUAACAAACUCACUGCUGCGGAAUUUCUCGCAAAGUUCUACCGGCCGCUAUUGGAUAUGCUCCAGGAUGACGUUGAUACCGGGGAUACCUUCACUAUCUUCAGCAUUGGCGAGACUGACGGCAACUUGGAUAUUUACUUAGCUAUGGAAACUCCUCAAGGAUUUAAAGCCAAAGCUGAGGUAAUCGACAUGCUGGUACGCAAACGUGAAAAAAUUCAAGAAACCCUCGCUGGCAGUGGAGUCACGAUAAAUUACUCACCCUGCGAGCACAUGGCUUGCGACAACGGCGGUAGCUGCAGCGACCAGUUGGUCGUCUAUGAGGACGCGAGAAUAACAAACAGCCAAAGUUUAAUCCUAACAUCUCCACGAGUAACCCACGAGAUGAUUUGCCGGUGUCGGGAAGGAUUCACCGGAGCGAGAUGCGAGCGUCGUCAAGAUCCAUGUUCUCCAAACCCGUGCCUGGAACGUGGCCAGUGCAGACGAGUCGGGUACGACUUUAUGUGCUCCUGUCCGGCAAAUCGGGAAGGAAAACUCUGCGAGCUAGAACGCGGAGAUGCCUGCGUCAGCAAUCCCUGCAGAAACGGGGGAUCUUGCAAAGUCUCUCCCGACGGGUCAAGCUUCUUCUGCUUAUGCCGCGCUGGCUAUCGUGGAAAUCAUUGCGAAGCAGUGACCGAUUCUUGCAGACCUAAUCCUUGUCUUUACGGUGGUCUUUGCGUAGGCCAGAAACCGGGCUAUCGCUGCAGCUGUCCUGAGGGCCACUACGGGAGACACUGUGAGCAAUCUACCUACGGCUUCGACGAGCUGUCCUUCAUGAGUUUCCCAGCAUUAGACUCGACAACUAACGACAUCACGAUAGUCUUCGCGACGACCAAACCCGACGCGCUGCUACUUUACAAUUACGGCCCUCAAAGCGGAGGCCGCUCGGACUUUAUCGUCCUGGAGCUGAUCAACGGUCGCAUCGCUUUCUCCUACGGCGGGGCAAGAAGCGCAAUCACUCUGGUGAAGGUCGAGGGUGGAAGUCGCUUGGACGACGGACACUGGCGCAAAGUAACUGCUACCAGAAAUGGACGCGUAGUUUCUUUGAGUGUGUCAAAUUGUCGCGAACACGGCGACGUUUGCGAUGAGUGCAAGCCUGGAGACGGUUCCUGCUACGCGGAUGACAUCGGACCAACUGGAACUUUGAAUUUCAACAACAACCCACUGAUGAUCGGUGGUCUGGCUUCUGCUGAUCCAGUCCUAGAAAGACCAGGCCAAGUUCACUCCGACGACCUGGUCGGUUGUGUCCACUCAAUUUCAAUCAACGGACGCGCGCUGAACCUGACCAGUCCUCUGGCAUCUCGAGGGAUAAAGAACACCUGUUCUCGUCCUGAAAACGGAGUUUGCGACGACUCGCAGUCAGUUUGCGGCUCUGGUAAGUGCUACGACAAGUGGCACUUAACAUCCUGCCAGUGCGACUCUCUGACGGCCCCUAAUUGCCGCGGAGCCCUCGAGCCGGUGAAUCUAAGCGACGGAGGGUACGUAGAGUUCAAAAUUUCAGAGAAGCACAAGCGGAUGCAAUUGCUGGAGUACUUGUACGGCGGAACAACGUCUUGGUCCAGAAACAAGGUGACGCGCCGAGCUGCCAAGGAAGAAACCAACAAUCUUAUUUCCCUGGGAGUUCCUCCGCCGAAGAAGAUGAGUCUGAUGUUCCGUACAAUAAAGACCGACGGGAUUUUAAUCUACGCGGCGACUAACAAACAUUACACGUCAAUAGAGCUGAAGAACGGACAGUUAUCUUACACCUCUCUCCUGGGAUCAGCGGUGAACAUGACCGGAGCGGUGGAGGGCGGGCUGGCUGAUGGUCGCUGGCACAAUUUAACGAUAUUCGCUCACUCACGAGGCCUGCAAGUGAUUGUAGACGGGCAGCUGACCGGGGACGAGCUUGAUUCAGCCGGAGUUCACGACUUUUUAGAUCCGUAUCUGACAGUCCUGUUUGUCGGCGGCGUCCGUCGUGAUCUUUAUUACCACGACAGUUAUCCAGUUACGUUCGAAGGAUGCAUCGCUAAUUUCAGCAUAAACAACGAGUUACAGCCGUUCAAUGGCUCCGGUUCAAUUUUAAAAGACGUAAUGUACCACGGCAAAGUGUCCCGGGGCUGUCGUGGCCCCAUUGGUAUCAGCGCGGCAGCCACAGCGGACCCUCUCAGCAUUGGAAUAACUCUGGUAAUCGUUUUCUUCGUCACGCUCCUCGUGGCGAUCCUCGUGAGCUUCGUGGUCUUCCGUCUGAGGCGUCAGAGCAAAGAAAAAGCGCCCUCGGUGGUUAAUAAAAACACAAACGCUAUAAUCACCGGGAAUUCUCUUGUUGGAUCCGGCAACGACGGCCUAAUGUCAAGGCAUGAAAACACUUACAUAUCAGACACCUCGGAUCUCAGGGGAGUCGGUCAUAUGGGCCCCGAGUUGAUCUCCAAGAAGUUCAAAGAGCGCGAGCUGAACAGCACCGAGCACCAGCGGCCCCAGAGGCCGGACAUCAUCGAAAGAGAAGUCACUAAGAGCCCGAUGAUUCGCGACGAGCACCCCCCGAUGCCUCCACCGACCCAGAGCUCCUUGCACUCCCACGAACACAACCCGGAGCCGGACAUGCCCGAGCACUACGACCUGGAGAACGCCAGCUCGAUCGCUCCCAGUGACAUCGACAUUGUCUACCACUACAAGGGCUACAGAGACGGAAUGCGCAAGUACAAGGCGACUCCUCCGCCCAUUGGAGGCUACGGGAACCAUCACAAGCACAGUGGGACUCCCCAUCGACAUGCUGGGGCUUUUCCUCCCCGAGCGAUGCCUCCUCCGAGUGUCGGCCAGCCAACAACCACUCCGAAGCUCCUCCAGAGCACUCCCUUGGCCAGGCUGUCGCCCAGCAGCGAGCUGUCUGCCCAGCAGCCAAGAAUCCUAACUCUCCAUGACAUCAGCGGGAAACCUCUUCAGUCAGCGCUCCUGGCUACGACAUCUUCAUCAGGAGGAGUCGGCAAAGACGCGCUCAACUCCAACAGCGAGCGGAGCUUGAACUCCCCGAUAAUGAGCCAGCUCUCUGGGUCAACGGCCAGCCGAAAGGUCCCCCAGUCUGCCAACGACACCAGCAACAACGUACCAACCGGCCCGAUGGGUCUCACCGCUGAAGAAAUUGAAAGGCUCAACUCCAGGCCCAGAACUUCUAGCUUAGUGUCCACUUUGGACGCGGUGAGUUCCUCCAGCGAAGCCCGCGGACCUCCGCCUCCUCACGGGCCGCUACAUCUUCACCGAAGACACACGCCACCCACGGAGAGACUCGAGAGGAGAAACUCUUCGACUACUGAUGAAAGCGGCAACGACAGCUUCACUUGCUCCGAGAUCGAGUACGACAACAACUCGCUUGUUGGUGAUAAGCGCUCGGACAACUUGUACAGCAAGCCGGAGGAUGAGGACCAGCCGACGAGGACUGAUGGGUCACCCCAGUCGACCAAGCCGCCCUUGCCGCCCAAUGUCAGCUAUGAUGGGUUCGACAGCUCCUUCAGGGGCUCCUUGAGCACCUUGGUCGCUUCAGAUGAUGAUCUUUCCACUCAUAUGGGCAGCUUGUACAGGCCUACGAAUAAUGGAUCACCUUCGACGAACACUGCGCUCAGUUGGGACUACCUCCUCAACUGGGGACCCAAUUUUGAGAGCCUGGUUGGGGUCUUCAUUGACAUUGCUGAGUUGCCCGAUAGCAACAGAGUUCCCAACACCCUCAGACUGCCUGCUAGUAUUCCCAAACCUUCUGAAGAGUAUGUUUGAUGUUUGGUGACGAUACCUAGAUAAUUUAUUGAUAUUAUCUUGCCAUUUAUUAUUUUUUAUCAUCAGUUGAUGGUAGAUGAUUGAUUAGGCGUAUUUAUUGUAUAAAUUAAUUAAUAAUUGUGGAGUUUUCUUUGUGCUGUAGGUACCUAAGAAUUAGCUUUAAGGUCGACAUCUUGUAUCAGGGUGUCCUUAUUCUGGUUUGUACAGUCCUAGCAAACUUAUUUUCUUGAAAAUUAAAUAAUUAUUAAUUAUUGUCUCGGCUAGAGGCGAGUGCCAUUAAAGCGUGCACAAAUUAUAUUUCUUCUUAACUUUAAUUUCUUUUUAUUGCGCGUCCAUAUAAUUAGCAAUUGUACAUAGGUUUUUAUUUUUAGCCAUUGAAAUUUAUUAUAAUUAAAUGUGAGACUGAUUUCUUAAACUUUACUGGCCAUCGAGGAUUAAGAGUCUCGUUUUUUAUAUUUUGUAC